AUGGCCCCAGGCUGGGCUUCUCCGCCGGCUCCUGACGCCUUAUCGUCGACUACUGUUGCGUCCGCCGUCCCCCAUCAACCAGACCAUCAAGGGACUGGUGACACUGGCGGUUGGCCAAGUCCUCCUCCCUCCGCAUCCUCCACAACCGCUCCUCCUCAUCCUCCCUUUCCGGUCACUUCUCCUACGACCACUUCCCCCGUGCGCAGGAAGCCGCUGCCCCAGAAUGCGGCCGCUGUGAUACCCCCUCGCCGGUCCGAGUCCUCUUCCAGUGCCUCCUUCCCCGGAGGCGUAUCGCCUGCAGAUCCUCCAAUCCCUGUCACGAGCGUUUCUGACGUGCAGAAUCAUUCUCGUUCCACUUUGUCCCAAUCGUCCGCCUCCGUUCCUGCGGAGGACCCCUCUCUCUUUGUGCCCAGGGAUCUAGAUCGACUUCCCCAUGCUAGACAGCCCGCACCUCUUCGCAUAGACACAUCCGCCUCAUUCAUAGAUUCGUCGGACAACGACGUGGGCGUUGACGCAGACUACGGCACCCAAUUCGCGAAUGGGGGGCCAGUGCAUAGUCGUCUCGUUAGCGAACCGUUUAUCCCAGUACUCAAGUCGCCCUUAAUAAUGCAGAAACGGGCUACAACAAUGCCCUUACAACAUCCUUCUAAUCGACCCCCUCCGCUCCACAUCGAUUCGAGCGGACGUUCUAUGUCCGGCGUUGUAGACGCCAAAAAUCCAAAAACUCCCGGUCACAAGAUUAGCUCAUUCUUUGGCUGGCGAGGCACCAUUACUACGUCACCUGGCGCAGAAUCAUCGAGUACUGAAGUCUCAGAUCUUGGUCAUUCCCCACUCCCAUCCCCAAUGCCUCCUUCCCUACCCAGUGCGGUAACGCCGUCCACGACGGUGCCAUUCGAUGCCUCCAAGGGGUUUCCACCCCGCAAUCCGUCCUUGAGUAGUGCAAGUAUUUUGGAGACAGGUCCUUCCACGGCGCAUGUGGCUGAGCUCGAAAAUGAACUCCGGGAAAUCAGUUCUGAGUUGGCUGGCUCCAUACGGCGGGAGAUGGAGUUGGAGGACUUGGUAGAAAGGCUUCAAUCAGAGUUGCCUUUGGACAACGGAAACCGACGUACCAGUGACUAUUUCUCUGAUUCAGGCACUAGCUCCAUUCGCCUUGUGUACGAUGGGCGGAUCGACGAUGUUGAAAAAUAUCGGCGGGCAUCGGAGCAGGAACGGGCUCAGCUGAAAGUAGAUUUAACGCAGAAAUGGCAGGAAGAGCGGGCUCGCCGCGCAGCGGCAGAUUCACAUGUCCAAAUACUGGAAUCACAAGUACAUCAGCUCCGACGAGAGAGAGUUGACCUCUCCGAUCUGUCUUCUCGGACAAAAGAACUCGAGGGUGCUCUGGAAGCUACUCGCAGAAAAUUGGCGGAAGAGCGACAGAUCAAAGACAAUUUUGAAGACUUACUCACAGCCAUGCGAGUAGAGCUGGAGCAGAUUCGAAAUGAGCGGGAUCACCUUCGUGAUCACAUGGUCCCCGAAUUAAAAAGUAGCGCAGCAUCUGUAUCUGAUGCCUCGGAGGUUCAGCGAUUAUUAGAAGAGCUUGAGGCCCUGAAGAUCGAGAAUGCUGCGCUAGCGCAACUGCAAGGUGGCCGAUUUGCUACCAUAUCGGAGGAUAGUGAAACUCCCAAGAGAAACUCUGCAGUAGGGUUGUCGCGCUCCAGCUCAUUGGCUCGGAUGCAUUCGAAACCUACCAUACGAACAGGACUGUCCCGUUCCAACUCUCUGUCGCAAUCAAGCCCAGUUACUCCCAAGGGGGGUGACGCCCGGGAAUCCAUGGCGGAUCGGAUGGAGAGUGUUGAAGCGCAGCGCGAUGCACUUCAUCACGCGCUUCGGCGUUUGCUCGACCGUCAAGCUUACGAAGCCCGGGAGUACGAGAAGCGUAUCCGACUCAUGGAGCUAGAGCUUGCUCACGCACAACAAUUAGGAUCUCCACGCAAAUUAGGUUACGAGAGAGAAGUCCACAACCUGAGAGAUGAGGUCAAUCAUCUCCGGCAACGCGCCGAAGAGGCGUUGGAUCAGAAAUGGCAGUGCGAAAAAGGAUUGGCAGGGCUAAAGAUGGACCUUGACCGUGCCGAGCAGGAGACAACGUCCCUUCGGGUGCUACUGCACGAACACGAUAUUACCGUUCCGGAAGGCGUCGGAGCUGACCAAGAGGGCUUUGCUGAGGUUCUAGCCACCUCGUCAUCAUUAGAAUCUGCAUAUAAGCAGCUCCAGGCUGAGCGGGAGCAAGCUGAAGCAAGCGCCAUUCAGUCACCUCAGGAAGAAUAUGGCCAGCUAGCAGCCUCGGUCAGUCGAACUGAAAGCCUUUCGCAGCAAGUACAGAACCAGCUUGAGAGGAACAACGCAUUGCGCAGCCGUUUGGCAGACGCUAUCGGCAAAGGUGAAAAAGAGCAACAGCUUUCUGCAGUUCGGAUCAAUGAAAUGCAAGCGCGUCUCAAGGAGCUGGAAGACACCCUUUUGAUAGCUCAGCAACACGCUGAGGAAGAAAUGGCUCGGCAUGAAGAAGAGAUUCAACAGCUGAAUGAAAGUCAUAAUGCUCAAUUGUUGAGGAUGAAGAACGGUGCUCGUAGCCCCGUCGGCUUGUCCCCCAUGCCUCCUUCGUCGCCCUUCGUUGGACGAUCUCCUCGCUUAGACAAGACCACUAGCGGCGAUGGAAUUUCGCUGAGCCAGGCUGUAAAGCCGGAGGCAUUGGAGCGGCGGGUGAAAGAGCUCGAAAGACUUCUCCGCGACGCCGAUAUGGAGAUGGGGGAAGUAGUUAGCCGCAUGAACCGUGCGCAAAUUGAAGUGGCUGAACUCCAGUCUGACCGAGACGAGGCACUUCGCCAAACUCGUAAACUCCAGGCCGAGAUUCAGGCUGAGCGGGAUGCAUUCAAGGCCCUACAGGGCUGA